CUUAAGAUUGGUAGACGCAGAUGAAUUAGAAAAAAUUGCGCAGUGACGCGGGCUUCGAAGCAAGGUUUAGAUAGAAACCAGGAAGGGAGGAGUAAUGUAAGCUUUUCUUUCAGAUAUGUAAUUUUUAUGUAGUUUUGAACUUCGUCAUUUCGCCAUUUAUGAUGGAAACGAGAGAUUUCGUUUCUGAACUUCACGAUCAUGCGCGGAGAACACGCUCGUUGCUGAGAUUUGACGAGAUUCGCUCUUAUGGCCCUGACCAUGAUAAAACAUUUAUCAUAACAGCAGUCCUGAAUGGUAAAGUCUAUGGGAAUGCCGAAGGGAAGAGUAAGAAGGAAGCCAAAAAGAAUGCAGCUGAAAUUACCCUGAGAUAUUUGUCGAGGACACAACAACAGGACCCGGCUGAAUCUACAGAAAAUGCUGCUGAAAAUACUACUUCAUUACUUUAUCAGACAAGUAUCUCUGAUACCGACUACAUAGGCCUGCUCUAUGAGUAUGGGCUUAAGAACAAGGUCACUAUAGAGUCUACGGAGUCAAUAGCAGUGCAAUCAAGUACCUGGUUUCUAUGUAGGUUCAAGGUUGGUGAUAAGGAGUACCCAGCUGCAUCUGCGAGAACCAAGAAGGAGGCUAAGAAGAAAGCAGCCAAGCUUGUGUGUCUGAGCUUAGGAGUGAAGCCUAAAAACAGAGGGACAAAUUUCAUUUCAUUAGUCAUCGAAUACUGUCAGAAAACACGCCGAAUCUACAAUUUUAUUGAAGAGAAAAGAAGCGGUCCAGAACUCCCUGAAUUUUUUUACAAAUUAAUGAUCAAUGGCAAGGAUUACCCUGUGGGUAAAGGAAAGACUAUCACGGAGGCCAGACAAACUGCAGCUCAGCUGGCCUGGUUUGCUCUUCAGGAACAGUCAGACUGGGAUGGCAAGGUGUCCUUCAGGUCAACAGUGUCAGAAGAUAGUGCAGCAACAAUGAUGCCAUCACCAACAAUGACACUGGAGUCCACUAACGCAUCAUCCCAAAUCAUUUCAAGGAGUACAAGUGAAUCAGCAAUAUUCACGGAUUCAUCGAACCCCCCUGAAGCUCAGAUGCCCCUCAGGUCAGCUGUGUCCGUUGACAGUCCACCAACCAGGUUGUCGGCACCAUCUUCACUGGAGUCUCUUGAAACAUCAUCACAAAGCAUGCCAACGGGUACAAGUGAAUCAGUAAUCUUUACAGAUUCUUCAAAUCCUUCCAAAGAACAGGAUGCUGUCGAAAACAAAAAUAUUGAAAACAAACCAAAUGAGACGACAACCCUGUCAAGGUUGUCUUCAGACUUCGACUCUAUAGAGUGUCUUGCUAAAGGAGGUUUUGGUCAUGUUUACAAAGCAAGAGAAAAACUGAUGGACAAGUGUUAUGCUGUAAAGGUUGUCCGCAGUAAAGAAAAAGCUCUACGAGAGGUGACUGCAUUAGAAGACAUCCUUCACUGUAAUAUUGUUAGAUACUACAAUUGUUGGUUGGAGGACUCAGAAUAUCAUUGGGACAGUACAGUUGGCAGUUGCAGCACUACUCAGUCUAGCACUAAUUCAUCACACAAGUUCCUCUAUAUUAAGAUGGAGUUGUGUGAGACCAACACACUGAAAGACUGGAUAAAUGAGAAGAAUGAGGAAACUGUACAAGAGUCAAAGAGAAGAGAAGAAAGUCUACCCAUUGUCCAGCAAAUUGUCAGUGGAGUCGAAUGCAUUCACUCCAAGAAGCUCAUCCACAGAGACCUGAAGCCUGCUAACAUCAUGUUUGGACGGGAUGGAAAAGUGAAGAUUGGAGACUUUGGUCUGGUCACUGCAGAGGCUGAUGACGACGAUGAAAACCAGACUGAGAGAACAGAUGAAACAGGAACCAUAUCUUACAUGGCUCCUGAACAAAGGAGCAAUACAAUGUAUGACCGGAAAGUGGACAUAUUUGCUUUGGGAUUGAUAUACUUUGAACUACUUUGGAACCUCUCUACUGGCCAUGAAAGAGGAGUGAUUUUGAGUAAUGCCAGAAGUCAGAUGCUUCCUGAAGAGUUUUCAUUGAAGUUUCCUCAAGAGAACCAAAUAAUCAUGUCAAUGUUGUGUGUGAAGCCAGAGGAGCGACCUGAAGCAAGUGCACUAAAGGCCGACCUGGAAAAGUGGGCUCAGACGCUCAAUGCUCAACAUAUGUGUCAGGAAAAAGUAAUUGUCUGAUUAUCACCAAGGCUUGUGAUACGUCAUAGGCAAUUCUGGAAAUCUGUCUCUUCUGAUGUCUGUAUUUUCAUGGAAUUAUGUGAUAAACUGUUUUUAAUAUCAUUUCCUUAUAAAAUCUUUAAUGUACUACACUUAACAUAAAGCUGUACCCUGACCGAUGGCCAUGGAUGGCAGCUUGGCAUCCUGUGUUUUUCUAAAGGACACUUCAAACUCCAGACACAGGGUCGUAUCAUUAAACCUGUGAAUAAUGGACCAUGUCAAAAGAAAUGCUAAUGUAAUGGGUUUUAUAAUCAUGGAAUGAAACAUGAAAUCAAACACUAAGAUGAUUUCGAUUUCUCCAAAAUGGUAAUUUAUUUACAGUUAUUACUUUGUAUGUAGACAGCCUGGCAGCCUGUUCUACAGGUGGCAUACAGCUGCUUGAGAGUUUCUGCUGCAGGUGUACAAUUCCACGGUACGCCAGAAUGUUCAAAGAUGACACUGCAGCAUUUAUGUACCAUCCAAUACAAUAUGAAUGUUGUCUUUCAAAAAAAUAAAUCAUAUUACCUUAUCAUUA